AUGGCGAUGGGGAAGGGAGGGGUGGGGUGGCAGGAAAAAAACGCAAGGAGAUGGAUAAGUGGUGAUGACCUUUCUGAUUCAGAUAACUGGGGACGAAAGAGGGAAGAAGCCAUUGGUGGUGGAAGUUUUGGUAGCAGUGUAGACAUGGGUGCUCAAAAACGCGGGUCAAAGGGUGGCGGAGGAGGUGGCUAUGUUGGCGGCUUUCUCCAUCUGUUUGAUUGGAAUGCAAAAUCUCGCAAGAAAUUGUUCUCCAGCAAGUCGGAAUCACCAGAACAACCGAAACAGACAAAGAGAACUGAUGGAAACAUGCCUAUGACGCGCUUCAAUACGAUGGAUGAAGAUGACAUGAUUGGUGGUUUUAGUUUAAAAGGAAGUAGCGAUUACAGUUGCGCGACUUCAGUCACCGAUGACGAUGGUUAUGGCACCAAAGCUCCCGGGGUCGUUGCAAGGCUUAUGGGGUUAGAUUCAUUGCCAACUUUUAAUUUCUCAGAUACGUACUCAAACCCGUCUUUCGACUCUCAGUCUCUUAGAGAUUCAUCUCAGUUUCUUAGAGAUUCGUCACAUUCUGUUAGAGAUUCAUCUCAGUUUCUUAGAGAUUCGUCGCAGUCUCUUAGAGAUUCAACUCCACCUUAUAUUAGAAAAGAUCCUGAAUUCGAAUCGAAUGAUUGUGAAAUGGAGGCUGUUCCUAGAGCCAUAAAGGCGAAACCUCAGAAGAUGGGGAUGAGUAAAGCAUUCGAGAAGUUUCAAACUGAAACUUUACCUCCAAAAUCAGCUAAAUCAUUCCCAAUUACCCGUAACAAGCUUUUAUCUCCAAUUAAGAAUUCUGGAUUUGUGUCCUCGAGUAAUCCAGCUCGUAUAAUGGAAGCUGCAUCGAAAAUACCUCUCGUUGGAUCAUCAUCAUCAUCAUCUUCACCGUCAUCUUUUGUUCCUUUCAAACUCAAAGUUUCGAGGGAGAAGAUAGAGAAUUCUACCAGAAAACCCAAGGUUCCCGAGUCUUCUCGAAGACCAUUAGAGUCAAAUGCUGCUAAGAAUGUAAAAAAUCAGCAAUCUUUAGAACCGAAAAAGUCCAUUUCGUUGGCUCUUCAGGCAAAGGCUAACGUUCAAAAACGCGAAGGCUUGAAUCAUCGAGCUCAAUCAGUCAGAACUCAGCCGAAUACCGAUAGAAAUCCACAAAGGAAUCCCGGUUCUUCAAAUGUUCUGAAGCAGAACAAUCAGAAACAAAAUAGCUUAGUCGAUAGAGGAAGGUCAACUCUGAAAUCCCAAUGUUCUACCAUCGGUCCUCAACCUAGAAAGGCAGGUUCCCAGAAAAGCUCAAGUAAAAUCUCCGAGAACUCGAAAACUAGCCGUAAAAAGGAACCAUAUUCCAUCACUACUCGGAGGAAACGUUCUAUGGAAGACAGCGAUCGUACACAUGCCGACAAGAAUGUUGUUAGAGAUAGAAGUUAUAGAAGUAAUUCAAGUGAUGUCGUUUCUUUUACGUUCACAGCUCCAAUUGCACGCCCACCUAUCUCUACCAACGGUUUUCUGAGCAAUAACCAAAGUAAAAAUGUUCUCGAUUCGACCAGAAAUGCCUCAAACUCAUCUUUGAGCUAUAAUGUUAUCAGAGGUGAUGCUUUAAGUACCCUUUUGGAGCAAAAACUGAGGGAAUUAACUGGUAAUCCUGCAUCUGUUUCUCAAGAUUCAUUUCCUGCAACGGAAAGUGACAUUAGAGAUGAUUCAAGUUACGGGUUUUCUUCAUUUGAUCCUCUACAACAACUUACGAAAAAACAUCACAAACCUGAUCAGGGCCAAGAUAGAAUCGCUAGAGAUGAUUCGAGUUACGGGUUUUCUUCAAAUGAUUCAACAGAACUUAUGAAGAAACAUCACAAGCUCGAUCUGUGCGUAGAAUUGGCAUCGGAGUGUAGCAGCGAUGACUACGAAUACCGGAAAUUGCUCCGUGGCCGACAACCAAGUCCGAGCUCGGUUCUGGAACCGUCUUUUCUUUCGGAAAGUUGUAAUUCUUCGGAUACUGCUGAUAGUUGCAAGCAAAGUUCAGCUUCUGUUCAAGCCCAGGAACUAAUUAGUGCAAGUUUUCUAAGAAAGUCAAGUCCAAUGGACAUCGAUACCGAGUUAUCAGAUUCGGCAACUUCCACCAUGAUGUGUGCCAAAUGGGAGGCGGAUUUCGUGAAGGAAGUGCUUUCCGAUAUCGAGAGCAUGUUCGUUGAUUUCACCUUAGGUAAGAGUCGAAAGAUCGUGAACCCACGUGUGUUUGAUCGGUUAGAAUUCGGUCGACCAAAUCAAGAGGUGGCUAAAUUAAGGCGUGAACUCGUGUUCAAUUGUGUGAGUGAGUGUAUGGAGACGAAGUGCAGGGUGUGGGGCAAAGGGCUAGCCGUCGUGAGCAGACCAGACCGGUUAGCCAAAGAGGUGUACAAAGAGAUCGUGGGGUGGGAGGAAAUGAAAGACGAUAUGGUGGAUGAGCUCGUUGAUAAGGAUAUGAGCGGUGACGGAUACAAAAAAUGGCUCGAUUUUGAUGUCGAAUUGUUCGAAAUUGGAGUUGACAUCGAGAGUCGGUUGCUCGAUUCUUUGAUCAACGAAGUUGUGGACGAUAUCUUAGUUCUCUAACGGCGAUUCCGGCAAUCGGGUGUGCUGCAAGCAGGGUCGUCGGGGUUUUCCAUGGUUGGAAUAUGUUAUUCGACGUAAUUAUAUUGCAUAGUUUUAGAAAUUAAAAUGUUUCGACUUGUAAAAGAUUUUUUUUGCAUGGUUAAUUUUUUUCCCGAUAGCUAGAAUUGCCGAAUCUAAAGCGAUGUACAAGUUUCAUUGCAUAAUAU